GUUUAACAGAAUUUGACAGUUGGAUUUAAAUCUUUAGACAUAAUCUUAGUCAAUCUUAGUAAUCUGUGUUUGAAUCCAGAUGUCUUACAAUAAUUCGGUUCUCGUAGGGAACUGGAGCGAGGAAAGACUGAAAAAUGAGUAUGAAUUCAAGAUAUUUUUACGAAAAAGGGAGAGACGAGAGCUGUUGCUCCAAAGAUCACGAACGCUCUUCAGUAAUUUGCUAAAAGAAAGGCCCCUUGCAAUAAGCGGUACCUUUGUGUUGUACGGGUUUAAUGUGCAGUUAGUUGCUUCAGACAUGCCAGUUAAAACCAUUGCCGGAAAUAAAACCCAGUACGGGCUGGCGCUGUCAAGCCUGGUGACAGAUCGUCAAGUGGACUACAUGCAAAACAUUAACGAUGGAUGUCUGAUGACACUUUCACCAAUCACCACUCCUUGCUGUCGGAACACUUUUGUUAUACAAAGUGCAUUGGAUCCAAGUAUUCGUGGUCAAAAAAUUAAUUAUGGAGACGAAUUUCUAUUGAAAGCUGAAAAUUAUGGUGAACCGGAGGCGCCGGCGUUGUACGUUCGUUAUACGCCGGAGGCUGUGCCCGGUCCUGCCGACCGCUUGCCAAUUCGCUUAAGCACCACUCUGGAUAGCAACUGUCGCUGGACGACCACGCCCCUGCUGCCUGGAGACAGACUCGAGGGUCUUGGCAAUCCUGUAAAGACUGGGGCCAAAUUGAUCGUGAAAAAUUGUGUAGCUGACAAAAGUUUGUGUGUUAUGAAUCAGAAUUGGAUGCAAACUUUCUUCGGGCCCGAGUGUGGAGUCACUUGCCGCAACUACAUAGACAUUCACAAAAGGCACACGGCUGAAAACAUCUUCACGCUAGUUAGUGAUAUAGAAACAAAAACCAAGGACUAAAUUUUCACAUUACUUUUGAUAAAAUUAUUUUAUACCAAAUUACGAAAACGAUAUGAAAUUCUAUAGUUUUACGUGAGUUUCGUGAAGAAUUUAUUGAUAUGUCUUGUUAGAUUGUUUUAUUUCAAAUAUGGUCAAAACUAAAUUAUAUUAACAGA